AGUUAGCAAGGGUAUAAUUUUUUUCUUUGGUAAAAUAUCUACACAUUUAAGUUAAAAUUCAUUGGAUUAAAUUUUUGAUUUAUUAUUUAAUCUUAACCAUGGCAUUCUUGGGCAAUGGAUUAAAGGGAGAUUUAUUAGUGUUAGCAUCAGAGUUAGAAAUAGAUGUUAAUCCAACUAUGACAAUAAUUUAAUUGAAAAAAAGCCAUAACAGAAGAUGAUAUGUAUGAAGAGGAGUUCGCUAAAGAAUUAUUUUUUACUAUUAUCGAGGAAAGAAAACAACGUAAGGAAGAGGAGAAGAAGGUUCAGUUGAAGGAGGAAGCUGAAUCAGAGGCGUUGAAAUUAAAAGAAGCAGCUGAAGCAGAGGCAAUGCGGUGAAAAGAAGAGAGAGAAUAUGAGUUGGAGCGAAUGAAACUUGAAGUUAAAUUAAAGAUGGCUGGUACUCCUCAAGUAGAAGGUGCGUGAAAUUCAAAAGAUAUACACUCGUUAGUUCAUAAAUAUGACAUUAAAGAAGAUAUUAGUUUGUAUUUGGUGUUAUUGAGCGCCAAGCACGGAGGGCGGAAAUAGGAAAAGAGUUGUGGAUAACACAUUUGUUGGGUUUACAUCCUUAUGAAAUAACACAAAUUAUUGCCCGUGAACCUGAUGAUAAAGCCCAAGAUUAUGAACACGUUAAAGGACUUUUACUGAAGAGGUUCAAGCUUACACCUGAAAAAUUUCGUCAACUUUUUAUGAAGCAUCUAAAAUCAACUGAAGGAACUUGGCCAGACUUCUAUCACGAACUUUCUAAUUAUUUUGAUGGGUGGAUAACGGGAUUAAAAGUAGAUACUUUUGAAAAGUUAAAAGAUUUGAUUAUAACUGACCAGAUGAAGAAACGAGUUCCUCAAGAAUUUAAAGAGUACUAUUUGGAUGAAUGGAGUAACAUUACAUCUCCAGUAGAACUUGCUGGAAAGUUAGAAGAAUUUGAUGACGUACGAAAAACGAUAAAAUCAAAAGACUCUAGAAGUAUUCCUACAAAGCCAAAAGUGUUACCAAGUCCGCCAGCAUAUCGCAAAAAUUUUACGAAAUAUGAUAAUUAUAGAACUGAUAGAGUUUUGUCUGAAAGAUAUAAGAACUUUAGGAAAGAUAAUGUGUAUGAUAGAAGAGAAGAAUAUAUAGAUAGUAGAAACAAGGAUGUCAACCACAUAAAUGAUCGUAGGGAAACAGGGAUAGGUCGAACAUUUGAUAAACGAAGGACUCCAAAGCGCUAUGAAUGUGGUUCCAGCAACCAUCUCUGUCCUCACUGUCCAAAACUAAGGAAUCCAAAAGAUAUUGUAAAUAUUAACAGAAUCGUGGAAGGAUAGAAGAUGAAUUUUUGGCUCCAUAUACCGUUGUUGGUAAAGUGAAUGACCACUUAAUGCCUAUUUUAAGAGAUACUGGUGCUAGUAUCGAUGUCAUAUGUAGAAAAUAUACAUCUCCCAAUAAGUUUAC